AGCAUUGACUUAAUGACUUGACACACCAAAAUAUAUUACCUCCUAGUGAUCUUUAUCUCUCUCAAUCUUUUUCUCUCUCUCCCUCUCCCACAAUCACAAGAUAGGUAAAUUGAUCCAAAAAGAGUCGUCUGAAUGAAGAAAUCCGUUGUUCAUCUUGUGAUUCUAUGCCUCAUUGUGUCAUGUACCAAUGGACAAACCAAACCUGUAAGAAGAAGUAACUCCAAUGGAUCCGAAGCUUGGGGAUACGUCGAAGUUAGACCAAAAGCACACAUGUUUUGGUGGCAUUAUAAAAGUCCAUAUAGAGUUGAAGAUCCUUCUAAGCCAUGGCCUAUCAUCCUGUGGAUUCAAGGUGGACCUGGAGCUUCAGGGGUUGGAAUAGGGAAUUUUCAGGAGGUUGGACCAUUAGACACAUUUCUCAAGCCCAGAAACUCAACUUGGUUGAAGAAGGCCGAUCUCUUGUUUGUGGAUAGUCCAGUUGGGGCAGGUUAUAGUUUCGUGGAGGGGAAUCAAAAGGAUUUGUAUGUGAAAAGUGAUGAAGAAGCAGCAAAAGAUUUGACCAAACUGUUGCAACAACUCUUCAACAAAAACCAGACUUUAAACCAAAGCCCUCUGUUCAUUGUUGCUGAAUCUUAUGGUGGCAAAAUCGCGGUUAAGCUCGGUUUAUCGGUUUUCGACGCGGUUAAAUCUGGCAAAUUGAAAGUUCAUCUAGGAGGAGUGAUUUUGGGAGAUAGUUGGAUAUCCCCUGAAGAUUUUGUGUUUUCAUGGGGACCUCUUCUCAAGUAUGUCUCUAGGCUUGAUGACAAUGGCUUGGAUCUCUCUACAAGCUUAGCCGAGAAGAUUAAAACACAAAUUAAGAAUGGUGAAUACGUUGAAGCCACGCAAACAUGGAUGGACCUCGAAACCUUGAUUAGUUCCAAAUCCAAUUCAGUCGAUUUUUAUAAUUUUCUACUGGAUACUGAAAUGGACCCUGUCUCGCUUACUACUAGUUUAAAAAUCAAAAGAGAAGAGAAAAUAAAAAAGUAUUCAAGAUAUUUAAAUGAUUUGAGAAGUUCAAGUGACGUAGAGGAUGCUGAAGGAGACCUUGAUAAGUUAAUGAAUGGUGUUAUUAAGAAGAAGCUCAAGAUUAUUCCCAACGACCUCAUAUGGGGGAUAAAUUCGAAUGACGUGUUUGGAGCGAUGGAGGCUGCUUUUAUGAAACCCGUCGUUGAAGACGUCGAUGAGCUUCUUGCCAAGGGGAUAGAUGUGACCAUCUAUAAUGGACAACUUGAUGUUAUCUGUUCAACAAGUGGAACUGAAGCAUGGGUUCACAAACUCAAGUGGGAGGGGCUAGAAGAAUUCAAGAAAAUGGAAAGGAAACCAUUAUUCUGCGAAAGUGACAGAACAACAAGAGGCUUUACCAAAUCAUACAAAAAUCUCCAUUUUUAUUGGAUUCUUGGUGCUGGUCAUUUUGUACCAGUAGAUGAGCCAUGUGUUGCAUUAAAAAUGGUUGGAGAGAUAACGAAGUCACCACAACUUUGAGUCUUUGGCCCAUUCUUUCUUCCAAACUUUCACAUCACAAUAUGACUCCUUUCACAUCUCUGAUUGAUUUUAUAACUCAAAACGUUAAAAAUUAAUAAAACAAGUCAACAGUG